AAAUGUCAAAAAUCGGCAAAGUAAUUUUGAAAAAUUAUGGGGGGCAUUUUGGCGCCCGAUUUGUUACAACUUCCGCACAUAACUUCAAACAAGCUCAAAAAAAGCCGGCAGAAAAGAGUGCUCCCCCUGCCCCCAAAAGUCCUCGCUUGAAGGAUUUCUCAAUUUAUCGCUUCACGAAAGAAAGUAAGAAGAAGCCGCACAUGCAGAAAUACACGAUUGAUCUUAACGAUUGUGGCCCAAUGAUCCUUGACGCCUUGCUGAAAAUAAAACGAGAGCAAGACUCGACUAUAACUUUCCGCCGAUCCUGUCGUGAGGGUGUGUGCGGCUCGUGUGCCAUGAACAUCAACGGCAGGAAUGCUCUUGCCUGCACUAAACGAAUCGAACCGAAAGGUGACUGCAAAAUCUACCCCCUGCCCCACAUGUACGUCGUCAAAGACCUAGUUGUGGACAUGACGCGCUUUCUAGACCAACACAAGCGAAUCAAGCCGUAUUUGAUACGCAAUCACGACGUGGCCAUUGGGCAAAAACAGUACUUGCAGAGUCUGAAAGACCGCGAUAAGUUGGAUGGUUAUAUUGAAUGCAUUUUGUGCGCUUGUUGUUCGACUUCGUGCCCUGAAUAUUGGUGGCACGGCCACGGCGACAACGAUUUUCUAGGGCCUGCGGCCCUUUUGGCCGUUGACCGAUGGAUCAGAGAUUCACGAGACGAAGCUGCAGAAUGCCGACUUGCCACACUACGUGACUAUUUCAGUGUUUACAGGUGCCACUCGAUCUUCAAUUGCACGAGUUGCUGCCCCAAACACUUGAAUCCUGCCAAGGCGAUAGCGCAUCUGAGAAUGCGACUUGCAGGGAAAAAACAAAAGGAGAAACCGGAGAUGACCGGAAUGGUGUAAAACUUGUGUUAAAAUUCAUUUAUUUGUAUUGUGUUGUGGCAGUAAAAUAUUUUUAUCAAAAA